CAACCAACCACUACAUCUCCCUCUUCUGAAAUUUACUUCACUAUCGAUCUUGAGAGCCCCUGCAGCCUCCUCGUGCCGCUCAUCGCCCCAUUCAAUCAUCUUGUACGGUUUUGAGUCGCAAACCCACAAACGAUAAUUUUCCUACGAUUACCCCCUCAGUUAAUCCUUAAUUUUACCGGGACUUGUCCCAAAAACGAAGACACACGCUUUUGCUAUGGACUCUGGAUCUUCGCCGCGAAAGCACCCUCGCUCGGAAGCUUUCGCAUCCACAGCAGCAUCUCUCGCACCUCCGAACAAACGCCGACGUACAACAGUUCUCUGCAAUCCGGCUCCUCAAAACCUUCUGGAUGGGGUCAAUAGUCCAUUCGCGAAGUACAAUCGGGGUGCCGGUUCACAAACACUUACGGGCACUUUCUCGGCCUCCGGCCUAACUUCGACAAAACGAUCAGAUACACACAGCAUAACAAGCAGUACGGGCAGGUCUAGGCUUGCUGAACAGGUCCGAAGUUUUGCACCAAAACCUCUUAUCUCUCCCUUUGCUGCGCGUGCCGCGUUGAACAAUAGGAGCCCUGGUGCAUCAACUCUCCGCCAUACUCCAUCGGCCGCCGGUCCUAGUGGUAAGGACUCUAAUGGGAGUUAUAGUCGUCCUUCUUCCAGGGCCGGUUCGGUUGCGUCGGCAAUGUCACUUUUUGCUCCGAGGAUUAUGUCAGUGAUUGGGGGGUUUGUCCCUGAUAAACCCGCUGCUACGCCCACUAGGAGAAUUCACCAUCCUGACUUCUCUUUCGACAAUAAACCACCACCACCAUCCCCUUUCCGGUUUACGGCUAAUGGCUCGCGUGCGAAUACUCCAACUGUACAGUCGUUCGGGAUCACUUCCCGUGCGCAUACCCCGAUUCAUCGCGGGCCGACUGGGGGCUCGCCUAGUGUGUCCUUUUCCUCUAGAGUAUCUCCUGUUGCUCGCAGGGCAUCGCCGGCGGAAAACAGGGCUCGAGCUGAUAGCAUUCUUGGAUUUUUCAGUAGUAGCCUCGAUAAAGCGAAGCAAGCCCUCGCGGGAAAUAGGGCUGAUCGCUUGGAAGAGAGGAGACAGAAGGAAAAGGAAGCUAUUAGGAAACAAAUGGAGGAAGACGAGAGGAUUAGAAGGGCAGAGGUAUUUAGACAAGAGCUGGAGAGAGAGAAGGAGCUGCAGGAGGAAAUGGAGAGAAUAGAGGAGCGGAAAAGGAUGUCCUCAUUUUCAUUUUCCCACCUACCCACUCGAGAAGUCGCCCUAGCUGAUGAUGGCUCAUCCCAGAGGUCUGGUGAAGGGGGGUAUUAUGAGAAUGAGGAAUACGAGAGGGAAGAUGCUUCAAGAAAUUAUGAAGAGGGAGAAGAAGGAGAGUACGAAGAAGAUGAAUUUGAAGAGGAUGUAGAAGCUGAGGAGGAGUAUGAAGAAGAGGACGAAGCUCUUGCUAUGCAGAGAUCGUGUGCGAUAGAAGAGGAUGAGAUCGAGGAAGUCAUCGAGGAAUUCGGCUCCGAACCAGCUGAAGACUCCGCAGAAAUGGAUCAAUAUGCCAGAGCUGAAGGGGAAUAUGAAGAGGAGACCGAAAAGGACGACACCGAUACCGAGAGAAUUGCUGAAUGGGAAAUUCCUAUGGUCAGCAAGGAUGAAGCCAUAGAGGAAUUUGGCUCUGAACCAGCUGAAGACUCCGCAGAAAUGGAUCAAUAUGCUAGAGCUGAAGGGGAAGAAGAAGAGGAGACUGAAAAGGACGAUUCCGAUACCGAGAGAAUUGUUGAAUGGGAAAUUCCUAUGGUCAACAAGGAUGAAGACCCUGAUCGCAGCCUCGGUUCAACCUUCUUGCUUCCAAGCCAGCCGGCAUCCUUUACCAACAGGAGACCAGUCUCGCCUGACAAUGCCCCCUCGGACCCAGAAAGGACCCCAGUCCCCGAGGAUCGCUCCCCCCUGCCUGAGCCCCAAACGCCUGAAAUGAACGAUUCUGGGAGAUGGCCAAAGGUGCUCAGUAGGGAGAGUUCCGAAGAGCCUGAAGUUAGAGCACUUCGGAAUCGAGAUGUCGUGGUGAACCGUGGCCGAUCAGUAUCGGUCGAACCUUCCGCCAGCGAAAGUGAUAAUGGCAGAGCUCCCAAACGGACCAAGCGUAGCCACUCCACCCAACUAGCAGUGCCUAGCAGGAAUAGUUCGGAGGAGCCGGAGGUUCGGGCGCUUCGGAAUCGGAAUGUCAUCGUCAAUCGGGCUCGAUCUUCUUCGGUUGAGUUAUCGGCAAGCGAAACAGAUACCGCUGGGGGUGGAUCCAGACGCAAAACUCGGUCUGCAAAGGCAGCCGUUCCACAGGCCCCAAGCACGCCUAAAAAGAGAGGCAAGAAGGCUACGAAACUAUCCCUGAGUAGUAUUAAGGAGGUGGUUCCCGAGGGCUCUCCAAAGAAAAAUGCCAGAGCAACUCGGAAGAAGUAG